GUGAGUGUGGAUCUGUGUGUGAUCUGUGUGUGUGUGUGUGUGUGUAGAGGGAUCGUGGCAAAGGUUCCCAAAAGGACCUAUUUUGAGAGAUGUUUGAGAAGAGGAACGCUCUGGUGUUAUUGGACAUCUUGUGUGUGUUCAUAGCUUCGUUACCGUUUGCCAUUCUGACGGUGCGGUGCAAACCGUACAUCCGCGGGUUCUUCUGCAGCGAUGAAAGCAUCAGCUACCCCUACGUAAAGGAGACUAUCUCAAUGGAGCUAAUGGCGGCUGUCACCAUCUCCUCCAGCAUCAUCAUCAUCACCACUGGGGAGGCGUACAUGGUUUGCACUAAGCGUAUCUACUCGAGGUCCGAGUGCAAUAACUAUGUUGCCGCCCUCUACAAGGUGGUGGGGACCUUCUUCCUGGGCUCCGCGAUCAGCCAGUCCCUGACCGACAUCGCCAAGUACACCGUGGGGCGUUUGCGGCCCAACUUCCUGUCCGUGUGUAACCCCAACAUGACGUUGCUGAACUGCUCUGCGUACCAACAGGCGGACGGUGUGUGUACGGGGCCAACCAAGAGCGUGACCGAGGCGCGGCUGUCGUUUUACUCCGGUCACUCAUCCUUUGGGAUGUAUUGCAUGGUCUUCCUCUCGCUCUACCUUCAGGCUCGCCUGCAGGCCAAGUGGGCGAGGCUGGUGAGACCCACCAUCCAGUUCUUCCUCAUCGCCUUUGCACUUUACGUUGGUUACACCCGAGUCUCUGACUACCGGCACUAUUGGAGUGACGUGCUGGUGGGGCUAUUCCAGGGAGCCAUCGUCGCCGUUUUAAUCGUCCGAUACAUGUCCGACUUCUUCAAACACAGACCUCUGCUCUUGGACGAGUCUGAGACCGAGACAGAGAGGAAACCCAACAUCCCACUGACUGAGACGGAGCCCAUGAAUUAUUACGGCAGUCGGAGUGUGCCCUGAAAGGCAGCCUAUAACCGGCCAAUUUUGUGGAGAAAUCUGCUCCCUUUCCAUCCGCGUCCCAGAGAGAGAGAGAGAGAGAGAGAGAGCUCAACGUGUUCUGUUUUCAACCCAGACCCCCCU